UAUGCGCGUGCGCAUGUUCAGUCGGUCGCGCGCUAAAUCGUGCGCACGACGCGAGCGCGCACCGCUAUUAAGUACCUAGGCAACGCUCGCUGACAGUUCGAUGUGUUUUAUUAAUUUUAAAAUAAAUUAAAUAAAAUACAUGUGGGAAAGUUGAGUUUGUGAAUUUACUAGCUCGUAAAUUGACGUUAUUCCUGGUACAAAACCCAAGCAGAUGCAAUAAUCAGACACAUUUCAAAUUUCACACAUUCACGCAAUCAAGAUGAAGAAACUAAGCAGUUGGAAAGAGGAUGCGCCGGAAAGCUUCUAUGUGUGCUGCACGGCGCAGCUUCGGGAAACAAAUGAAACCAGCGACAUGUUCACCAACUCCUGGGCUAAGUGCCUCAGUCCCCUGGUCUGGAGGGUCCCGAUCUUCAUCUGGUCGAUAAUCAUCAUCACCCUGUCGGUGACAUUCUUCUGGGGCCCCCGAGAGAAGUUCCUCCUGUAUAUGACGCAUUGGGGCCUGGUGCUGAUAUUUUUGGAGUCGCUCUUCGGGAUCGUAGUGUGUGUGAAAAGCCAGACGCAAUCGAAGGAUGGUGGUCUGGCAUGGCACGUGCGCUUGUACUGGGUGCUGUACAACAUCGCGGUACCCGUCGCCUUCCUCAUCACACUCUUCUACUGGGCGGUACUGAGGCUGCCGGGGAAGAAGAUGAACUUCGCGCCAAACCCCAUCCUGGACGUGAUGCUGCACGGCGUGAACUCGGGGCUGAUGCUGCUGGAGCUGGUGCUGUCAAAGGCACCGAGCCGCCUGCUGCACGUCAUGCAGCCGCUCUACUUCGCCGGCAUCUACCUGCUCUUCUCCGUCACUUACUAUUUAUGCGGAGGGCUGGAUCCGUGGGGCAACGAAUUCAUAUACCCGGUCAUUGACUGGUCGAAGCCGGUGGCCGCGUUGGUGGUGGUGACCCUCACUGCGCUGUUCCUGGGUCUGAUGCACAUCCUCACCGUGCUGGUGGCAGCCCUGAGAGAUUACCUCCUCAAGAAGUACCUCGGUGACAAACUCGGCAAAUACAACGACGGAUUCGACGCGUAGACUAAGUUGACCUACCAAAAUAGACUGUGAUGUGAAAUAGUUGUAAUUAAUUUAAUCGUACUAUCGGGAGUCUAAUUUGUGGGGUAGGAGACAAAUGCUUUUAUCAUCUGUGCCAAAAUCUCAAAAUGUCAGUUUGUUAAUAGUUCAUACCUUUUUUAUAUACUUACCUACUAUAAUAUAUUGUAACUUUACUUCGAAUAUAAAUUAGAUUCUCUGAUAGUACAAAAGGUAGUUUAGUUCACGUUGUAAAUAAUAAAAGUUUAUUUCCUUAACCAAAACAAUAGUUACCAUAAUGAAGAGUUAAUUUGGUAAAAACCUUGCGGUAAACUCAUGCAGUGGCAUUGCUUGAAGUGCACAGUGCGUUAUUUAAAUGCCCAUAUACAACGUUAAUAUACAAGGCGAUUCUAAUUAAAAGAAUAAACAAUUAAGAUGACAUGUCAAUGCUUCGAGAUGUCAUCAGAUACUAUGUGGAAGGUCUCGAAUUAUUAUGUUUUGUAAUUCUUUUUAGUGCUUCAAAUAUUGCAAUUUUAAGACUAAAUUUUCUAAUUAAUCUUCGAUACACACUAUUGGUCACACUCAGAGACAUUUCACAAUUAACUAUAAUUUAAUGAUGUCUUUUGACAUUUCUUAAACUUAAAUUUAAUGAAGAGUUUAUAACAAAAUGGAGUCUGCUAACAAAUUGCUGUUAAAAUUUUUCAUUAAAAUUAAGUUAUGUAAUCGCUUAAUUAAUGUCUUUGAGUGUGGCCAUAUUUUGUGUGUUCUAGCUGUGUUGGGCUUUAGUUGGAGUUAGAGUCUGACAUCCUGACUAAAGUUUAAAGGCCUGAUUAUGAAGUAGUACAGAAAAUUGUUGUGACCUGACCCUAAGACAACAUGAAAACAAUCGUCUAUAAUCCAGUAUCCACUGGCUAUGAUCACACUGCAUAAUUAUUAUCAACUUGUACUAUCAAUAUUAAAAUACCAUACUAUAAAAAAAUCGAUUGCUCUGUUCAACUAUGGUCUUUUGUCACGCCAUAGUUAAGCUAAUUAUGUCAGUAAUGUGACUGUGUAUUGUGCGCUCAAUACGUUCGGAAUUGCUUUACCUUUGAUAGCACCUUCAUUAUUAGUAAAUAAUUACGAAGACGUAAGAGCUAUUAGCGGAGAAACUCCGAGGAUUUAAUAGCUCUGGGACAGAAGAUGUAAAGUAAAAGCACGAGAGAUUGGAGGUUUUGUAGUAUGCUAUACAGUAUUGAUGAAUGUCCUAUAAUAUUAUGUUAUUUGGUCAAGUCAAUGUUCUCAGGUGAUCUGUCUACAAAAACUGACCAUAUGAGACGAAACCGCCAUCUAUGCCUAUCAAUUUCACUGAUAGAACUUACCUUUUUAAGCGCCUCCAAAAAAUGAAGAGGUUUUUGUUUUGUUAGGAUCAUGGGUAAUAUUAUAAGUCUCCUCGUUAUGUGCCUUUACAACUUACUUUAGGAACAACCUGAUAUAAAAUUAAAAGCCUAUACAAGUUUCAUGGGACUUCCAAAAAAAAUAGGAGGUUCUACGCUUGGAUUUUUUUGGACGUCCAACGAUCACUCCGUCGUUUGUGGACAUAUUAUUAAAAAAAAAAUUGUUAUAUUUAAAUUUUAAAAUAAUAAAGGAAAUUUUCAAUUCGAUCGUUAUAAUAUAAUCUGUAAGACUUUUACUAAUAUUCUGUAACCUAUUUUUUAAGAAAAAUUUUAUGGGCUAUGCAGCAUAGUUGGUGUAUGGCUAAUAUUAAAUCUAAGGAUGUAUCAUAAUAGAGGCAUGG